AUGCCACCCGCGACCAAAGCGGCGGCGCAAGUCAUCAUCAAGCGCCCGGAUGGCACAGAGAGCCGCUUUGUGCGGCAGAAGAAGCGGGCAGAGUCGCCUGGCGUAGACGCAGACGCCGUUAGGAAGGACGAGGAUCGCGAGGCAGUCGCCGCCUGCCCGCCGUACACGGCGAGUUUUAACGCUCUCUUGAAGGAGUACCGUGAGAACAACAGUCGUGUGUUGGUGCAGGCGGUGUUGGAUCGAAUGCACGCGGAGGCGAUUCCCUUGAACGUUGUCACGUACAACCUGCUUAUGGAGCGCGUUGUCUGCUUCCACGACGACCUGAUAUUUAAGUUGUACGAUGAGAUGAAGGAGGAGGCAACCAAGGAAAACAGCAGUGUUCAGCCAAAUCUCACGACGUACCAACUGUUAUUCCGCGCGUGCGAGCGGAAGGGGCAGUACCAGCGUGCCUUCCUCUUCUACAAGCAGUUGCGGGACCUGAUGCACAUUGUCCCCGAUUCCCCCACGUACGAUACACUCCUAGGUUUCUGUGCUGCUGUGCGUGACGUGGCACAGGCCUCGUAUUUUAUGGAAGAAAUGAAAAAGCAUGGCGUGACUCCUAACGUAAACACGUACAAUUGCAUGAUGAGCGUGCUAGUGGACAGUGCCCCUUACAAGGAAACACUGCGCAUGUUUAUGCAGAUGGUUGAGGAAGGUAUUCGGCCCACAAUUAGAACGUACAACACAUUGGGCAAGGCUGCCCGCAUUCACGGUGACUACGAUCGUGCAUUUCAACUUUUUGAGGAAAUGAAAAAAAAUGGAAUGGUGCCCGACGUCGUCACCUACAACACACUGCUCUGUCUAGCCGAGCAACGCCUAGACUAUGUCAUGGGCCGUGGCGCUCAUAAAAAUGUGCGACGCACCUUUGAGCAGCGAAAGCACGGUCGGAAGGGCAUUGCAGACCUUGCACUCACCCUGUUCUCCGAAAUGGAGUCGAUGGAUGUAAAGCCGAACACCUUUUCUUUUAACCAACUCAUGACCGUUCUACUAAAGUGCGGCGAUUACCGGGUGUUUGACGCCUACCGCACCAUGCACGAGCGGUACAACGAGGUGAAGGAUGAGCUUGAGUUACAGCUCAAGCGUCAGGCAAGCAAAAAGAAAAAGCGUUCGCUUUCGACACGGGCCCUUGACGACCCAGCCCCCCCACGCGAGGACGCGUUGAGUAGCAGCACCAUGUCUGCCGGUGAUACGCCCGUGACUCUUGAGGAGAUGAUGGGCAUGGAGGACGUGAGGUCGCCUGCACGCAUUGUGGCACGCCAAAUCCGACCCAACCUUGACACCUACCGCAUCAUUUUGCGUGCCUGUCUUCAACUUGGCUUGGCAUCAAAGUAUAACCUCUUCUAUCAUAGAGUACAGCAGGAAGGCCUUGUGCCUGACCACGACAUGACUAUGCUCAUGGAAUCCAUCUGUGAAGCCAACGGAGACAAAGUCUUGGCGCUGCAAAUAGUUGAGGAAGCCAAAAGCAAUGGCGUGGUGAUUGAUGUGACGCUGUUCAACGUCUACCUUAACGUCCUUGCCUCACUGGGAGACGCGGAGAUGAUAGGCAUUGUAAAAGAGAUGGAGCUUGGCGUCAAUGAGUUCAAUGUACGCCCCAAUGUGGAAACAUACAAUAUAAUGCUCCGUGGUUACCUUUGCAUGCAGAGACACGACGAGGUGGAGAAAUUGUUUUCCUCCAUGUACUUAUCAUACUGUCAGGUGUCGCCCAACGCGGAGACGUAUUGCUGGGUGCUGCGGGCUUACCGCGAGAAGUGUGACGCCGCCGCUGCCACACAACUGUUGGAGUCAAUGCGGCAGCGCAACAUUCCUGUGAUGCUUCAACACUACCAUGAAUUAAUGCGGGUGUACUUGGAGGCAGACGAUUCACGUAUUGAGGACGUCUUUCUGUCACUUAGAAAUCCUAAAGAGCCAGAACUGCCGAAGGCGGAUACGAAGUGCUUUUUUCUUGUUUUGCAGUACUAUUUACGACGACAAAUGUUUGAGGAACUCGAGCGGCUUUUCAAAAACUUAAACGCCGAUUCGGAAGUGGAAGCGGAUGCUGAAUGUUAUGGGGUUGUACUGGAAAUGUUUUUCGCUCAGAAGAGGACUGCCGACGUCAAAGUGCUCUUUACAGACUUCCGCAUGAAGUGUGUUCCGCCGUCUAUCUCUGUGUAUAACACGCUUUUGCGAAUCUUUGUAUCCCAAGGCGACCGAACCAUGUAUGAAGUUCUGGAGGACAUGAAAGUAAACCACGUGGCGCCAACGGCGACGACGCUUGGUAUUCUGUUGGAGUACACCGAAGGUAGGCGCCUUGUUUCUACGUGCGUUGAGAACGACCUCUUUUGGAACCCGGCGACUGCGUUGGCUGGAAUCAGCGAGGCUCCAGAUGACAAGAGCUAA